UAUUAAUGUAUUUCAAUGACAACAACAACAACAACAACAACAUAGCCAUAGCAUAGCAUAGCAUAUGUAAUACCAAACCGAUUGAUUGAAAACAAUUGUUGUCUUGUAAUUGAUUAGUUGAUUGAUAUCUGAUCCGACCAUUAGAUCAAUUGGGUGAUCAAUAUAUAUAUAUAUAUAUAUAUGAUAUUUGUGUGUCAAUUGAUUACCAUCAACAACAACACCAUUGAUUAGCUUUAAUUUCAAGACAAUCUUAACUGCUGUGAGUUAUCAUCAAAUAAACCACAACAACAACAACAACAACAACAAGAGUUACCACUGAUUAGACAAUUCAAGACAAUUAACACAUUAUUAACUGCGAGUUAAUCAUUAAAUAAACCACAACAACAACAACACCAACAAUGAUCAGACAGACCCGUGAAGAUAGAGGAGGUAGUGGUGGUAGUGGUGGUGGAGGUGUUGACCAGCUAUCAGGUGGUGGUGGUGGUAGUGGUGGUAAUACAGUCAUCAAUGGUCAGCAACAACACCAUCAACAACAACGGCAGCAUCAAGUGGUAGACAUUCACAGUCUGUUUGACCACAAUAGGAUCGACAAAAAUAUGGAUCUAUUACUACUGAUAGUCUAUUUUCCAUUGGGUUUAUGUCUGUUUCUUGUACGGCUAUUCAUCGGUUUGCACGCCAUACUAGUGGCCACUAUUUUACCGAAAAAGUCGUCAAUCAGAUGUUUUAUAUUACGAUCGAUGUGUUCAAUACUGGGUAUAAUAGUUAGAGAAGAAAAUGCAUCCAUUGAUGUCAAAUCCAAGACACGUAUUGUUAUCAGUAAUCACAUUACAAACAUUGAUCAUUUGGCUGUCGACUUGUGUAUGCCGUGUCUGGUACCCGGCAUAUGGGACUUACCUAAACUAUUGAACUGGGCACUGGGAUUUCAUGAUCUGGGUGCCAAACAGGGCCGGGAUGUACUAAUCAAUAAUGUUAGGAUGUAUUUGAAUAAUACUACUACUACUGAUGAUAAUAAUAGUAAUAGUAAUAAUACCAAUCAUAAAGAGCUACCCAUACUAUGCUAUCCGGAAGGUGCUACCACUAACGGCCGGGUAGGCCUACUAAAGUAUAGUACCUGGAUAUUCAGUAUAGAUACAAAAAUACAGCCAAUAUUUGUUACCGUUUCCCGACCGGCACCGAUCAAUGUUGCAGUGUCUGUAUUAGGUAGUCGCUGGUGGUCUGAUCUGUUCUGGUUUUUAUUUGUUCCGUUUUCAGUCUUUACUAUUAAGUAUUUACCAUCUGUUGAACGAAAUUAUGGCGAAAGUGCCGAUGAAUUUGCUGGUAGAGUCCAAGUGCUGAUGGCUAACGAUAUGCGCAUUCGGGCCACAAAUUAUACCGACGCCGACAAAGUAGAAUUGGCUAAGAAAUUGUUUCAAAAACCCAAAAUCAAUCCAAACUAUCGGCAAAUUAAUCCAAGAAUUAGGCCGUCGUUGUCGAUGAGCAGCACAUCGUCGUCGUCGUCGUCGUCCUCACCAUCGAUGUUGUCGACCACUAAUACCACAACCAAUACUACUACUAACAUCCUAAACACUUUACCACCGAUGAUGACCAGAAGUCGCGGUUCGACCACACAAAUCGACUUAAUGGCGCACAAAGUAAAAGAAGUGUUACCGCAAGUGCCCAUCAGUGUCAUCCAGAAAGACAUUAAAGUGACGACAAAUAUAGAUGAAACCAUUACUCGUCUAUUGGACGGUACUGUUAUAUAUGUACCCGAAGUUGUUGUUGUUAAUACUUCAUCAUCUGAUGGACAGUCGUCUUCGUCAUCAUCAGCAGCAACAACAACAACAACAACCAACAGACUAAACAAUAGUUACAUAUCUACCGAAAGCGAUAAACCAUUUUAUUGCGGAGCAAAAACUUUCGGCCGGACAGCCAAUGAACGAUCGAAAUCAUAUAAAGAUCGUAAACAACAGCUUCUGGAGGCGGCUCGGCUCAGGUAUCUGGAAAAACAAGGACAACAACAACACUGUCAAUCGUCAAUGGACUCAUUAGUGGCCAACGAUAUCAUUAUCAUCAAUGGUUCCCAUGAUUUUCAGACAAUAACAACACCAACAACAGCAUCAUUGACCCACCAAUCGUUGAUCAGAUCUUCUUCUUCGGCCAACAAAUAUCUGACAGCAGCUGUUGUUGAUGACAACAAUUCUUCUCAAGUCGAAGAAGAAGACGAAGUAGUCGUUGAAGUAGAAGAAGAAGAAGAAGACAACGACAACAAUAGCUAUCAUCAGAUGAUACAUACGGAUACUGAUUGCUGUAGCGACGAAAGCUUUGUCGAGUUAGUACAACAAGUGGUGACCAACAGCGGUGGUGGUGUUGAUUGCAAUGGACUAUCGUCGGCUAGUCGUCCACCACUUCGCCGCCGUAAGGCUACACAACCCCAGAGACUUGUCUACUGUGAUCUUGAUUUUAAUAGUAUUACCGCUGCCGCCGGUAGUUGUGGUGGUGGCGAUGGCGGUGGUGGUGGUAGUGACCAUCCAAACGGUAUUCAUCACAAUCAUCAAAGUGACAAUCAAAGUAACCCCUGCGACGAUCCGGGUGGCAAUGAUUUGAUGGCCACUACUAACGGUACCAUCAAUGAUGGCCAUCAUCAUCAUCACAAUAUGAUCAAUCAGUAUACUAUUGAUGAUAAUAUCAAUCAUCAUCAACAACAACAACAAUCAUUGUAUGACAGACUUAUAUUGACCACCAAUAAUAGUAUCGACCAACUAAUCAUAAACAAUCAACAAUUGAUGAUCAGUAGUACUACCAAUGAUCGGACCAUUGAUGAUACAGAAGAAGAUAUUGUUGAUAAUGAACAACAACAACAGCAACAACAGCAAGACGUCUUCAAACCGACGACAACAACAACAACAACAGUAAUAACAGAUGAUAUCGACAAUAAAAUUAAGCAAAAAUCUGGCAAAGGCUUCGAGUGCGAAAUCUGUGGUUCCGUUUGGAACAGUAAGACCCGACUCCGCAGUCAUUACCGAACUCACGGGGCGUCCAAACAUCUUAAAUGCGAUAUCUGUGGCAAACUGUUUGGUUGGGAGUACUCCUGGAAGACACAUAUGCUGGCCCACAGCGAUGACAAUCCCAAUAGAUGUCCGCACUGUGGUCUCAAACUGUUCAAUAAGACAGCACUGAACAAUCAUAUCAAACGUAUACACGAAAACCCGGACCGUCCCUACAAGUGUCCGGUUUGUAGCAAAGCAUUCAUAUCCAAGUCGGAGCUCAACCAACACUCGCACAUCCAUAACGAGGACAAGCCGUUUAUGUGCGAACAGUGCGGCAAAACAUUCCGAUCGAAAAGCUAUUUGGAGCGACACUAUCGGACACAUUCGGGCGUCAAACCGUAUAAAUGCGAAUAUUGCGGCAAACUGUUGGCCGAUAAAACCGGGUUUACGGCACACAUACGCAGCCAUAUCGGCGAACGGCCGUUCAUGUGCGACAUUUGCGGCAAAAAGUAUACCAUUAAACGUCAUCUGACAUCCCAUAUGAUCAUCCAUUCGGAUGUCAGGCCGUUCAAGUGCGACGAUUGCGGUAAGACAUUCCGGUCGCGGACCAACUUCCGGAUGCAUAAAGAUUCGCAUUUGGGUCUCAAACGAUGGCAAUGCAAAUACUGUGACCGACAGUUCCUGUCCCAGGGAAAUAUGGCCAAACAUGUCCGCCGACAUAUCGGCGAUCGUAAACACAAAUGUCUGGUCUGUGGCAAAGCAUUUAUCGAAAAACAAGAACUGAAGAAUCACUCGAAAAUGCAUUCAUCGUUGACUUCGCUGACCGAUUGUCAGCAGUCGUCGUCGUCGCCGCUUAAGACAAUCAUCGAUACCACUAAUGAUAGUCAGUUGAAUGAAACAAGAAAUCAGAUGCAACUGUUGUCCGAAGGAGUAGAUGGACGACAACGACGACGACUGGAUGUUAUUGUUGUGUCCACUAUUGAUAGUCCGAACAGUAAUAAUAAUAAUAAUAAUAACGAACUGAACGGACUGUCUGUUGUGACUUCCAGUGGUAGUAGUGUUCCCACACAGCAGCAGUUGACAACAAUUACCGGUAAUCAUCAUAUGUUGACUAUCGGUGGUAAUGAAAAUCAUCAGACAUUUGCCGACAUUAAUGAUAUCGCAAAUACUUCGUCGACGACGACAUCUAUUAAUAAUGUCGUCAGCGAUACCUCCUCUCAGCUAUCGUUUUGUUGCGAUUUCGGUGAUAAUCAACAACAACUAAAUGAUGACAACUUACAUCCGGCGACAUAUGGUUUACCGACCAAUACUACUAGUGAUGGGACCACCAAUACAUCCUCCUCUUCUGCACCAAACAAUAAUGUUGUUAUAUAUGAUCAUAAUCUUCAUAGUCUUCUUCAACAUCAUCAUCAGCAACAAAGCUAUAGUCUUCAACACCAACACCAACAACAACAACCACAACAACAGACAAUCCAUUGUAGUCUCUGUUCGGUUGUCUUUCAGACACUAAAUAAUUUAAGACAACAUUUAAUUGAUUUUCAUAGAGUCGAGUCUGAAAAAGUUAUAGCAAUGAUGUAUUGA